AUGAGGUGGAAGAGCUUCCCCUUCGGUUUGGUGCCCAGGGAGAAGCACUUGAGGCCCACAGAGGUGGUGCUCAGCAUGCAAAAGAGCUCAGAUCUCUACAAGCUGUCCCCGUCCCUGCUCCGGAGAUUGUAUGAUGGUCAAGGGAUUUCUUAUGAGGCUCUGCUCAGACUGACAGGCAAGGAAGACAUUAGUCCCCAGGAACUUGCCUUGUCCCAAAAACGGGACAUGCAUGACUUCUUUGUCGGACUCAUGGGCAAAAGGACCUCAGAGCUUGAUGAUCCCACAGAAGGGAACAAGGGAAUGCUUCCUGACUUUGGCAACCUGAAGUACUCGUCGAAUGCAGAAUAAGGUACCCCUACAGAACUGAGGACAAGCACAAUGUCCGCAGGACCUCAAGCCACUCAGACAAAGCCCAUUUCAUCCACCAAAGCCCAGACCAGAGCCUUUGAUGUACUCCGGGGCAGCUUGUCUCCUGCCGUUUCUUCCCCUGUUCCAUUUCCUUGAUGCCACCCGAUAUUUUCCACCCAUUCCUCAUUGUAACUCUCUAGUGUUUUACUGUUUGGAAAUUAUGAAACGCAAGCUCCCUUCAUCAGCUUAUUUAUGAAACGUAAAUUAUGAAACUUAAGCUCCCCUCUGUGUAUAUAUUUAAUGGAUUUGCAAAUAUCUUGCUCAUGUCGCACACAAAAUCACCUUCUCCGCCUUCCCUUUUGUGGCCCGAAUUACGAACACCUCAGAAUCUUCAAUAAUAACAGGGUUUUUACGUAGGACCUGCCAUUGUGUAUCUCUCAUUCUUUGUUUGCAGUUUCCUGUAGAUUGUCGAAGGGAUUCUGUUUGAACAGAAUAAAACAGUGUAAAAAUGGUA